GCUAGACGAGAACAUUUUGUGACUUUCCGCGUUUUUAUCAUUUCGCAAAAUCUUAAUUGUACAUUAACGGGUAUUUGAAUUAUACAUGUGAAACAUUUGUUUGUGAAAUUUGCGAAAUGUCGAUAUUAAAACCAUAGACGUCUACCUUUUCACUACGGUGACGUGACGUGCCUUGCGUCGGACUGUACCAUUCUGUCACCUACAACGGGAAAGAUUUUGUUGUGACAGCGGAGUAACAACCCGGCGGGGGUAGACGAUCAUAACAUAGGUGACUGUAUCUUGGAUGAACAAUGGCUUUCAGCAAAGGUUAUCGCAUUUACCACAAGUUGGACCCACCCCCCUACAGUGUCAUAGUGGAGACAAGGACCAAGGAUGAAUGCCUCAUGUUCGAGUCGGGGGCUGUCGCAGUCCUGUCGGCAGCAGAGAAAGAGGCCAUCAAAAACACAUACAGCAAGAUCGUUGAUGCCUAUGGAAUCCUGGGCGUCCUCCGCCUAAACCUGGGUGAUUCCAUGCUCCACAGUCUUGUAGUUGUGACAGGAUGCAGCUCUGUGGGGAAGGUGCAGGACUCUGAGGUUUUCAGGGUCACACAGACAGAUUUUAUAUCACUAAAGAAUGAUCCGGGAGAUGAAGACCGGAUUUCUGAGGUGCGAAAGGUCCUGAACUCGGGACACUUCUACUUCGCGUGGUCUGCCACUGGAAUCAGCAUGGAUCUGAGCCUCAACGCACAUCGCAGGAUCUUAGAAGACACUACAGAUAACCGCUUCUUUUGGAACCAAUCUCUUCACCUGCACCUGAAACACUAUGGUGUGAACUGUGAUGACUGGCUAUUGAGGCUGAUGUGUGGAGGUGUGGAGAUCAGGACCAUUUAUGCAGGACACAAACAGGCCAAGGCCUGCACCUUUUCCCGCCUCAGCUCUGAGCGAGCUGGCACACGAUUCAACGUCCGGGGAACAAAUGAUGAUGGACAGGUGGCCAACUUUGUGGAGACUGAACAGGUUAUUUUCCUGGAUGACAGAGUAUCAUCCUUCAUACAGAUCCGUGGGUCAAUUCCUCUUUUCUGGGAACAGCCAGGAAUCCAGGUUGGCUCUCAUCGUGUCAAACUCUCAAGGGGAUUUGAGGCGAAUGCGCCAGCGUUUGAAAGACACUUCGCUGCUCUGCGGAGUUUGUACGGCAAACAAGUGAUCAUCAACCUGCUUGGGAGUAAGGAAGGGGAACACAUGCUCAGCAAAGCCUUUCAGAGUCACUUGAAGGCAUCUGAGCAUGCAGCAGCAGUGAAAAUGGUUAACUUCGACUACCAUCAAAAUGUGAAGGGGGGGAAAGCAGACAAACUCCACAGUAUCCUUAAACCCCACGUCAGCAAAUUCUUAGAAGAUUGCGGGUUCUUCUACUACUCAGGAGAGACAGGCAUUGCAAGGACUCAGGGCGGGACCAUCAGAACCAACUGCCUGGACUGUUUGGACAGGACCAACAGUGUCCAGGCUUUCUUUGCCCUUGAGAUGCUGCCAAAGCAGCUGGAGGAAAUGGGUCUGACAGAGAAACCGCAGCUGGUGGCCAGAUUCCAGGAGGUUUUUAGGACCAUGUGGUCUGUCAACGGAGACUCCGUCAGUAAGAUCUACGCCGGCACCGGCGCCCUGGACGGGAAGGCAAAGGCGGGGAAGUUAAAAGAUGGAGCUCGUUCUGUGACAAGGACCAUCCAGAACAACUUCUUCGACAGUUCGAAGCAAGAGGCCAUUGACAUCCUGAGGCUGGGCUCCACACUCAACAGUGAUCUGGCAGACAAAGCUCGGGCCUUGCUCACUACUUCCAGUCUUUACGCCUCCCCUAGAGUAUUGCUGGGAAUGUGUCAGAACUUCCAUAAAUACACGCGACCCAAACAGAUCCGGGUGUGUGUCGGCACCUGGAACGUCAACGGGGGUAAACAGUUUCGCAGCAUCGCCUUCCGCAACCAGACACUCAACGAUUGGCUAUUGGAUGCUCCAAAGAAGGCGGGGCAUCCUGAGUUCCAAGACAGCAAAGCCAACCCCAUAGAUAUCUUCGCCAUUGGCUUUGAAGAAAUGGUUGAAUUGAACGCUGGAAACAUUGUCAGCGCCAGCACCACUAACCAAAAACUGUGGGCAGCUGAGCUACAAAAAAACCUCUCGCGGGACCACAAGUAUGUGCUACUUGCUUCAGAGCAGCUGGUGGGGGUUUGUCUGUUCGUUUUCAUCCGUCCACAGCACGCACCCUUCAUCAGGGAUGUUGCUGUAGAUACAGUAAAAACUGGAAUGGGCGGAGCUACAGGCAAUAAAGGAGGUGUGGCCAUCCGCCUGCUGUUCCACACCACCAGCAUCUGCUUCGUCUGCUCUCACUUCGCUGCCGGCCAAUCACAGGUCAAGGAGAGGAACGACGACUACAACGAGAUCACACGCAGACUCACCUUCCCUAUGGGUCGUCUGCUGUACUCACAUGAUUACGUGUUCUGGUGUGGAGACUUCAACUAUCGAAUCAGCCUGCCUAAUGAGGAAGUAAAAGAGCUAAUCAAACAACAGAACUGGGACGCCUUGACAGCUGGGGACCAGUUGUUCGAUCAGAAGAAUGCUGGUUUGGUAUUCCGUGGAUUUAUCGAGGGGAAGUUGGAUUUUGCUCCGACCUAUAAGUAUGACCUCUUCUCAGAGGAUUACGACACCAGCGAGAAGUGCCGCACACCAGCCUGGACUGACCGCAUACUGUGGAAGAGAAGAAAGUGGAAUUUUGAGCAAACAGCUGAGGAGAUGAAUGUAGUCGGAGCAGCUUCUACAUCUGGGGAGAGUGAGGAUGAUCCAGACAACCCCUGGAGCCCUGGGACUCUGAAGUACUACGGCAGGGCUGAGCUCAAGACCUCAGACCACAGGCCUGUGGUGGCAGUAAUGGACGUGGACAUCCUGGAGGUCGACCCGGAGGCUCGGCACCAGGUCUACAAAGAUGUCAUCGCCCUACAGGGGCCUCCGGAUGGUACUAUCCUGGUGUCGCUGUGCUCCUCCGGUCCCGACGACUAUUUUGACGAUGCACUCAUCGAUGAGCUGCUGGACAAGUUUUCUCAUUUUGGCGAAGUCAUCCUCAUCAGGUUUGUUGAGGAGAAGAUGUGGGUGACCUUUCUGGAGGGUUACUCUGCUCUGGCUGCUCUGUCUCUCAGCGCUUCCACUGUCCUUGGUAAGGUGAUUGACAUCCGUCUAAAGAGUCCCGGCUGGAUUAAGAGUCUGGAGGAGGAGAUGAGUGUGGAUAGGAUCUGUGGAAGCAUUCCCACCUCGGCCAGCUCCACCCUGCUUGCAGAGGACACAGACAUGGGCGACGAUGAUUAUGAUAUGGAAGGUGAUGUGGAUGAGGAGGUGGAGGAGAUCCUUCCUCAGCACCUGCAGCCUGGAGCAGGCUCCGGCCCUGGAUCCUCCCCUCUUCCCUCUCCCCGCAGUAGCCCUUGUCCCUCCCCUACACACGGAGAACCCACAGCCCCCAGCAGGCCCAGCCGCUCGGCCCAACCCUCCCGACCGUCACAAGGGCCUCCUUUUGACUUCCAGCCUGGUGCACCUACAUCUCUAGCCCUGGAGCCCAAACGCCCACCUCCCCCUCGUCCCAACGCGCCCCCAGCCAGACCAGCACCCCCUCAACGUCCACCACCACCUUCAGGAGGCAUGAGCCCCCUGCCAGUUAGAAAGGACUCUGGAGACUGUGGUGUGUGUCCCAGCCCACUGCUUGAUAGGAGAGGCAGUGAAGGAGUGUACUGGCCAGGACCAAAAAGCCCUGCUCUUCCUCGUCCAGACGCUGCAGGUCGAGGUCAGGCAGGAGCUCCUGGAGCUGGAGGUGUUCCCAGACCAAACAUCCCUCCUAGAGCUGGGGUGAUCAGUAUUCCUCCUCAGUCUCGUCAACUUCCUCCAUCUCACCCUGGAGCACCCAGACCCAUCCAAGAGGUGCAUCCUGGGGCCCCUCGACCCAUUCCAGAUACCCACCCAGGAGCACCACGACCUGUGACCAAACCAACUGACCUGCCUCUUGGUCCUCCACCCUCAGGGCCACCCGCUGCAGUGAGACCACAGGUUCCAUCACCCAUGCAGCCACCCACGCAGCCCCAACAAGCUGCCCCUUCUGUUCAGUCCCAACUCCCUGCACCAAUGCAACCCACACUUCCAGCUCCAAUCUACCCACAGCAAGCUCCUCCUGCCUCCACUGCUGCUGCGGCCCCCGCUGGGCCUCCACAGGGUCUAGCCUCUCCCAAACCCCCACCACGUUCCCGCUCCUCUCAUGCUUUGCCACCUGAUGCUGCCAAGUCUGAGACAGCAGCCCCAGCCACUCAGACGAAUGGACUGAAUGGUAUACAAGGAGAAGCACAAUGGAAGCCCGACCCCUUCGACACCCUUACAUCCGACUUCCUUUACUCUACAUCAUCUCCCUGGCACACCACCCAGUCCCUGACCAGAGGGUCCUCUCUCCGGACUCCCCCCUCCGUUCUUCCGUCUUCCUCCAACACUCUCCCUUCAUCCUUCUCCCUGCAGACUUCCGUUCGCUCAGACCUGCAGGGACUCGAUUCGACCUCGUCCUCCUCCUCGCUCUCCACUCCGUCCCCAUUCGCCUCCUGCCUGCUCCCGCCUCCUCCGGUCCCGUCUCGAAGUCGUUCACAGGAGACACUGCGUGCCUCACCCAGCCCCUUCCCGAUUGACCCGCUUCCUGCCCGACCCAGCAGCACCAACCCCUUCACUGGCCCGGUGGUGCAGCAGCAGCAUCAACAGCGCCGCUCUGUCACACCGGACUUCAGCAUCCAGGGUCCGGCACUGAAACCUAACCUUCAGGGGACCGUGUCUGCUCUCACUCAGCCACUCAUCCCCACCCACGCUCCAACAUCAGCCCCUGCAGCUGCACCCACAGCCCAGCUCCCAAGGACCAUGUCCCUGUUUGGACCAUCAUCCACUCUUAAUCCUGCACCUGCUCCUCUCCUGCCCCUCAUCCCUGACCAAGCCCCUGUCCCCACCUUGCCUCUGGCACUGCCCUCUUCCAUCCCGCCUGCCCUCGCGCCUCGUCGUCAGCCGCCUCCUACAGGAGGGAAACCAACCAAGCAGUGGGUCACUUUCGAUGACGCAUCAGAUUUUCCACCUCCGACCAAAACACUGCAAGCCCCCAUCUUUUCCUCCAGUUCCCUAGUGUCCCAAACUCAGACUCAGCCUUCCCGCUCUGGGUUUGACUCAGAGCCGGACUGGUUAUCCUCAGCCCCUUCAGUAUUCCCAACCCUCCCUCCUCCCAUUCCGACUAGAACUGCAACCAGUAACCCAAAGCUCCCAGAAGGACCCAGUGAUGGCUGCUUCUUCCCCAGGGAGUCAACAGAAAGAUAGAAUCACCUUCAAUAUGUAAAGGGUUUAUCCAGAUAUGUAUAGAUCUAUGAUAAAUGUGUAUAUGUGUGUGUGCGUAUGUACAAAAGAGACAGUAUUUAAGAAGUAUAGACCAAUCCCCUUCUGAAAAGCCGGAAAAGGAUUUAUAUCUCGAGAAGUAACAUGAGAAGUGGAUGAGCCUAAAAGUGUGUUCUAACUUUACGACGGCGAUGUUUGCUUGUUCCCUGAUAUUAACAUUUAUUUUAAUAUGAAUCGUUCUGAUGUUUAUUUUUAUUUAUGGCAGCAAACAUGUGCCUGUGUCUACAGUAUAUAGUUAUAUAAAGUAUAUCUAUUCGCACAAAUCAUGUGUGUAACCACUUGUGCAAUAUCAAAACACGUCUGUACGGCCAUGCAGCUCUCUGCAUUCGUCUGCAAGGUUUCACCAAAAUCAGUGUUUCCUUCGCAUCUGCUACAUUCACUGACACACUGCGGUUCAUAUCCAUCAUUUUGACUGAUCUGUACAUCAGAGCGGGAUUCUCAGAGUAGAGGGUAAUCUAUCAGUUUAUAUGUAGUAGAAGGCUAUGCACUGUGGAUUUUACAUUUGCCCCCAAAUUUGCUGUUGUGUCCAGCAAGCUUUGUUUCUGUUCUUUUGUGUCUGAGGGGUGCAAAUUUAAAAGUAAAUGUGCGCUUGCUUUUAUCAUGAAUGUACUUUAUGUUGCACUGGGUUUUGUCAUUGCCUCGUUGCUGAUGCCACAGAGUGAACAACAACAACAGUAGCAACGAGUCAGUGUCUCAGUCAGGCAAUGUGUUUACUGCCGCAGCACUGAUGCUCUAUAAUAUCAUCUCAUCCACGUAAUAGUAAGACAGUUUUUUCUCUCUUUACUCAGUCCUCAUUCCUUGUCUACUGGCUGUUGCGCUUAGCUGAAUACAUUUUGUAGCUUUAUAUCAAAACUUAUACAUAGCAAUUAUGUAUAAAUGUAUGUUUUCAAUAUGGAAACUACUUGCUAAAUGUGCGUAUGUGUGUUUGUGAUGACCGUAUCAGUGGUUUGCACAAUGUAACUGAUAUGCACUGAAAUGCUGUAUGUGCUCUGUAGGUUGUAUUUUUGAUCAUAGCAGGGUGAGUAAAUUGAGAGCCUGCGGAUUGAAUAGAUGAGAGGGAUAUUUUUCGGUCUUUCCACCUCUGUAGUGUUUUGAUCCUUCUUGAUUUAUCCAAAGCAUCAAACCAUUCUAUUGUAAAUUCAGAGAAUGUGGUGUGUGCGUGCGUGUGCGUGUGUAUACUUCUGUUACUCUCCAAGUAUGAAGAUGAUGUGAUUUAGGUCUGUGGACAUGUCAGCCAGCACAUGACAUGCAUAAUAAUAAAAGGGCACUUUUUUUUUUUUACUUAAACUUUUGUUGAUCGCAAAAGUCAUGCUUUUUAAUUUCUGAGGACUUUACUCUAAAUAAUCUAUCGUUGAUACUGUGGUGAGAAGUAAUGUGUCGUGUUUGAGGUGCAUAAAUUGUCUGUUGUUGUAUUUCAAGGUAUUUGUGUUUGGAUGUGAGUGUGUUGGCAGUGGAAUACCAUUGAGCGAUAAUUACCCGAGCUUUUCCCUGAGGUAGUCUUCUCUUUUACAUACACACAGAGUAUUUGUUUACAGGUUUUGAACUAACAGCCACUGUAUUCACCCCCACAUGGCUGUAGCUGUGCGUCUCUGCUCUCCAGCCCACCUAAAGCUGUGGAGUGGUAUCACAAAUGUUAACAAUACAAGACAAAAUCCUUUUUUUCCCCCCCACAAAGCACCCACCACAACCUGAGGGAGAAUUUUGCAACACUAAUGGAAGAUUAUUCACCACUUUUGCUAAAAAUAGAACAAACCGUCCGUACUGCUCGGCCCCAAAUGCAUCACCAGAUAACCGUUUCCAGCUGACUUUUUGUUGUGUCUCUCUCAGGCGCACUGUGGGCCACAUGCCAGACGGAGCGGUGCGAUUUGUUGCGUCACCCACAGAUUGAAUUGUCAUGUAUUGGGUGUCAAACAUCAGCAUUUACAGACCCACCUGUGAUAUCUAACUUCCAUAGCUGUUUGCUCCAGUUGAGAGUAAUUGUUACAGAGCCUCGCUGAUUUUGUAACCAUUCAUGAGGUGUGUGUGUGUGUGGUGAUGUCAGAUGUGAUGUCAGUAUUUUUUCCUGUACUACCUACUUCACUCUUUCACUGCUAUCUAGUUGUUUUUUUUAAGGUCAGCAUCGAUGUUGACACUCAUGGUAAGCAAUAGUUUUGCAAAUACGGUCCUUGCUAAUCAGAUGUUGUUUCCCCUCAGCCUUCAGAAACUAUGUAACAGCAUGAAAUGUCAAGCAUUGUGGAUGGUUUACUGAGAAUAUAACAUCAGACACAUGAAAGUACCAGCUAAAUAACGCUUCUGCGCUAUGUUUGAACACUGUGUAAAAUAGUAAAAAUAAUCUUCAUUCACUGCACUGAAAGCAGUAGCUAUGUAAGCAAGUGUAUCAGGUUUGCCUUUACUUACAUGUGGUCAUCUCUAAAAUGCAUUUAUCGUGUUAUCCAGAUGUGUGCAUUAGAUGCUGUAUCUGCAUUACCAGUAGGUGACUAGCCAGCGCUUUGUGUCAUGUCAUGUUCAAGAUGAGAAUUUUUUUAGGAAACAAAGUGGCUCCUUUUGUGAGGUUGGUGUCCCUUUUUAAUGACUAUAAUCCAUAGUAAAUAAGAGUCUGUGUCGUUGAACAUAUUCUGUAUGUAUUAAAGAGAAAACAUGAAGCGGCAAUUCAUGUUAAUAUCCAACGUUCCAUAUUUUAAGUGCACAGCUGAUUGCACAUUUAUGUACGAAGCAGUUUAUGUUGUAUGUAUGCAAAAAUAAAUGUAAGUUGACCUGAA